UUCACCUUCACCUCUACCAUUCACCUCUUCUCCUUAACGAAUCCCCUAAAACGAGAGAUAGCGUGUCGAUCCAGAAUCCCCCCUAGGCUCAAACAACCAUGAUGCGAACCAAAAGAACCAACACUCAGCCCUUAGAAGAUGCCUCCAUAUCGCCCGCCACCUUCAACGACGGCCUUCCCCUCCCGAAGCUGAUCGCCUUUGAUCUCGACUACACCCUCUGGCCAUUCUGGGUCGACACGCACGUCAGCGCCCCAAUCAAGCCCCGCGACAACAAUUCCCGCUGCACGGAUCGCUGGAACGAAUCGUUCGCCUUCUACCCCGCCGUCUCCUCUAUCGUCUACGCCUGCAAAAGCAAGAACAUUCCGCUAGCCCUAGCCUCGCGCACUCACACCCCCGAUCUCGCCCGCGACAUGCUCAAAGCUCUGCACAUCAUCCCUACGUUCUCUGAUAACCCCGCGGCGAAAACUAAGUCGGUGCGCGCACUGGAUUACUUCGACUACGUGCAGAUCUUCCCUGCGAACAAGACGCAGCAUUUCUCGCGCAUUCAGCAGGCGAGUGGGGUGGCGUAUGAGGAGAUGCUGUUCUUUGAUGAUGAGGCGAGGAACCGGAAUGUUGAGACCGAGUUGGGGGUGACGUUUUGUCUGGUUAAGGAUGGGAUGACGAGGGAGGAGGUGGAUCGGGGAGUUUGGGCGUGGCGGAAGAGGAAUGGGAUUAAGCAGCGCAAGGAGGGGGAUGUAGAGAAUGGGGAUGAAGAGUGAUGUUGUAACUAUGUGUUGGGGUAUAGAUAUGGGUUGUAGAUAUGGGUUGUUGGCGUUUAGUUGGGUUUUGCUAAGUUAGAUAUGAUGAUAGAUACCCGGUUGGGAUAGAUGAUGAUUAUAUACUUAUACAUACUUUUGAC